UUGAGCCAGUAAAACUGGAUCCUUUCAUCUCUGUGGAGCUUACUGACAAUCAGCCGUCUGGUUUCCUAGGAAACGCAAUCUUGGCUAGAAAUAGUGAAUCAUUUCCAGGUCACUUUCAACAUGGAGAGUGGAGCAGGAAGGCAUUGGACUGAGGAGGAGGUUAAAGCCUUGCUAAGCGUCUGGUCAGAAAAAAAUAUCAGAAAGCAACUCCAUGGGACCUUACGGAAUAAAGGGAUAUUUAUUUACAUUGCAAAAAGGCUUCAGGAGUUGGGGAUCUGCAGAGACUGGAAACAGUGUCGGGCAAAGUAUAAAAACCUGAAAUAUGAAUAUAGGACAGUUAAAUAUGCCCACAACUCAGGAGAUGCUACCAAGACUAUGAAGUUCUUUCAUGAGCUGGAUGCCAUAUUGCAACAUAAACCUGUCACCCAGUUAACAGAGGAGGAGAACGGCAGGUGUUCAUCCAAUGACAUCAUAAAUGCCACCAAGGAGAACAAUGAAGGUGAAGUCUCAGUUACAUUGGAAGAAGAAGAAGAAGAAGAGGAAGUUUCUACCAAUCCAUUGCUUUUUAUUUCCCAUUGCAGGCCUAUUGAACUAGGUAAUACAUAUCUGUGUCUUUCUCCUAUCCUACCUGAUGCAGGUAAUCCAGCCACAGUAUUAGAUGCUUCCAAAAAUCUCCCCUUCAUUCCUUCUGUAGCAAACGAAGGAGGAAAGCAUUGGACUGUUAAUGAAGUAAGAGCUCUAAUACGAAUCUGGUCAGAGAAGAGCAUUCAGCAACAACUGGAAGGAACAGUCAGAAACAAAAGGAUAUUUGAACACGUUGCUGCUAGACUACAAAAAUUUGGAAUUGACCGGGACUGGAAGCAAUGCAGAACGAAAUAUAAAAAUCUAAAGCACGAAUACAAGAGUGUUAAAGAUGCCCAGCACUCGGGCAACACAAGCAAAACUAUGAAGUUUUUCAGAGAAUUGGAUGCUAUUUUGGGACACAAUGCAGAUAAACCAAGCAGAUGCCAUAAUGGCUAUGGUGAGAAACCAACAGAAUGGAUAAAGACCACAAUAGAAAAAAAAUUAAGAGGUGAAGAGGACUUUAUUAGUAACACAUCUGGAGACGCUAAUACAAGGAAAAUGCCAAAUGCAGUGAUACGCAGCACAGCAGAGAGAGAUAAUUCUGGGCACUUGGGAAAACCAAAUUCCACACUUAGGAGGGAACAUAUAAAAGAAGAAAUCAUUGAUUCAGUAAUUCAGGAAGACAACAAUUCCAUCAAUAUGAUUCCAGAGUUCUCACACAUAAAGCAAGAACCAAUUGACAUAGAUGAUGAUUCAGUCAGCACAAUCUCAGAGGAUACAUCUGGAUUCUCAGUGUAUAAACAGGCACCUGGGACAGACAAUCAGAUGACCUUGGAUGAAGCCCAAAAUCACUUUAGAGUUAUUACAGUCAAUGACACAGGAGCAGGAAAGCAUUGGUGUGACAAUGAAGUCAGAGCUCUAAUAAAUAUAUGGUCAGAUGAGGAAAUACAACAAAUGCUUGAAGGAGCAACAAGAAAUAAAGAAAUAUUUGAGGAGAUUGCCAGAAGGCUAAUGAAAGUUGGAAUAGACAGAGACUGGAAACAGUGUCGUACAAAAUACAAGAACUUAAAAUACGAGUAUCGAGCGGUGCAGAAGGAAAACAAUCAGCUUGGUAGCCCAAGCAGGAAGAUGAGAUUUUACGAUGAAAUUGACUGCAUUUUGAGGAACCAGCCCUCAGAGAUGCUUACAGAAGUUAUCACAGACCCAAUACCACUGAGGGUCAAGAGGAAAUUCUCUGAAGAAGAACCGUUACCUAUUCAAUUUAAGAAAAGCAUGUCAGAGAAUACAACAGUGCAAUCACAAAUAUGUGUACCUGAGGGCUUGCAGUCUGUUAUCAAAAACCGAACAACAUUUUUAGAGAGAUUUUACAAGCAGGAAGAGAUGCAGGAUGUCAGAAGGAAACCACUGGACACUGCCCUUCCCCCUCUGCAACAGGUUUGUUUAAUAUUUUUACUUUAUUAAGGGUGUUGGGCAAAGAGGGCAAAUAAAUGAAUUGCUGAAAUGUCCAAUAGAAUAGAGUUAAGUUCAACUUUCAGUAACUUCAAAGACCUGCUAUGAAACAGACAGUAAAAUGUG